CAAGUUUUUGGCGCCCUGCCCGCCGUCCAUUUGACUCACGACCUCCAAGCCAUUGACACCGAGCCACCAUCAGCUGGCAUCGCGACGCAUCUCGUUUGAUCAGAGAGGGUGAAAGUGUCCUCGAUUGAUCGCAAGAUGGCCUCGCUCCGGUCCUGCAGCGCGCCGCUUCGUCGGCUUGCUGCCUCGCGCACCUCGACCCUCGGCGCCGUCCGCUACUCCUCCAACAGCAGCUCGACCUCGGCCAUUGCCUACAAGGCCCUGCGAAACCGCUCCGCGCCCUUGCCCGUCACCAACGCGCCGCCCGCAUGGUCGGCCCAGGCGGCCGUGUCCAAUAUCCUCUAUGAGACGCCGACGCCGUCCAUGGCCCCUCCCAAGAGGCACAUCCUCAACUGCCUCGUCCAGAACGAGCCUGGCGUGCUGUCCCGUCUGUCCGGAAUUCUUGCCGCCCGCGGCUUCAACAUCGACUCUCUCGUCGUUUGCAAUACUGAGGUCGAGGACCUGUCACGCAUGACGAUUGUCCUGACGGGCCAGGAUGGAGUUGUUGAGCAAGCCAGGCGGCAGCUCGAGGAUCUCGUCCCCGUCUGGGCUGUCUUGGACUACAGCAAUGCCGCCCUGGUCCAGCGCGAGCUGCUUCUUGCCAAGAUCAACAUUCUCGGGCCCGAAUAUUUUGAGGAGCUUCUGGCUCACCACCGCGAGAUGACGGCUGGCGAGCCCGAGUCUCCGGAAGGCAUUGAGCGACAGACACGGUCCCUUGAGGAGACCGCCCAGGACUUCCACCCUAGCAAGCUCGCUGCCAGUGAAGCCCUGCGACACAAGCACGAGCACUUGAAGACCAUCACCUAUUUUACCCACCAGUUCGGCGGCAAGGUUCUGGAUAUCAGCACCAUCAGCUGCAUCGUGGAACUAUCUGCCAAGCAGUCAAGGAUCGACUCUUUCCUGAAGCUCGUGGCUCCUUUCGGCAUCCUUGAGUCAGCUCGCACUGGCUUGAUGGCACUGCCCCGAUCGCCCCUGCACGGUCCCAGCGAGGAGCCUCUGGUCAAGGAGGCUGACGAGGUUGUCGACAUCAGCCAGCUGCCCCCUGGUUAAGUCACCCAAGAUGGUUCACAACUGGGGCUUCCUCGGCUGUUGGCGUCUGGCGAGUAGCGGAUUUGAUAGUUGAAAUGUAAAACUUGAAUGAACUAAUUGCUGAU